GAUACACAGAAGCCUGUACAGCUCCUUAGACGAGAAGAGCAGGUGUAGCCAUGAACUCGGUUCUUCCACUCAUCCUGGCGAUGCUAGCAGUCACCGACGCAGGUAUGCCAACAAAUACACUAUAUUUCUAAACUAUGUUUUUAAACGCAAGGCGUAAGAAGGCAUUUGCUGACCAAUGAAUGGAAGUUUAUUUUAAUAUUCACUACAUCUAGUUUUCAAGAUUAUUAUUAUUUUUUUAAAUAGGCUAAAAUUGAGAAAAUUCAUUUUGAAAGCAUAAAUUCCAGAAAACAAUAAAUUAAUUGUUUUAUGUUUGAAAUAUGCACAUGACAUACACAAGGAGUGAUUUAUUUUAGUUGUUAAAGCCGUUUAAACAGAUUGAUUUGUGACAGAGCCCAAAGUUAUGCUUACCAGCAGUGCCGUCGCGGCUGCAGGGGGCUUCGACUAUUUGGAGGGUCCACAUCUGUGAUGUGGAGAAAACGUAGCUAUCAAAUUGUGAUGGCAGGGGAUACACAACCUAAAAGUUGCAGGGGGGCCUCCAAAAUUCACGCGACAGCUCUGCUUAUGAGAAACAGUGUCAAUUUCGAAAAAAUUUUUUUUUUAAAUUACGUCUCACAAGUUUAAGACUUAUAUUGAAAUAUGGAAACUAAUCUAUUUUUGUAUGCAGCACUGCAGAUUGCAGUAAAUCCGGGGGCUUUGCAGUUUGGCAAUUCCAGAAAUCUAAACAUCAGAUGUUCCUAUUCCAAAGAACAGCGACCAGCCCCGUCAAGGCUCCACUACUUGCUCAUCUCGUUUGCCAGCGACGUCGAGAAGCCCGUGUUCAGAUACCUGGCGUCGAUCAGCAUAGUGGACGGGUUGGAUAAAGACACCGAGGCUGCGGCGGCAGGUCACAUCAACAUCACCAGAGGCGAAGAAUCCUGGCUCAGUCUAACAUGGUCGUAUCCCUUUUUUAACCGGGUCGGGUUGUACAAGUGUGAAGCCAACAGUUUAAAUUUAAGAGGAGACGCAAGCACUGUGUCUAAAAUUGUCGAAGUCGGUGGGGUGAAACAGUUGGAAGGGUCUCUGUUUGAUGUUACUCAGAAUCAUUCUAUGGACGUUGAGCAGUUAAAAAAUGAUAGAGGGUUUCUGUUUGAUGUUGUCAAGAAUCAGUCAAGGGACUUAGAGCAGUUAAACACGAAUAAAGGGCUCCUGUUUGAUGCUGUUGAGCAGUUGAAAACGGAUAGAAGGCUCCUGAUUGAUGCUAUCCACAAACAGUCAAGGGACUUUGAGCAGUUAAAAACGGAUCAAGGGUCAUUGAAAGCCUCGUUUUUAAAAAUAAACUCUCGCUUUGACAGCGCCACGCAUGCCCAUUUCUCGGUAUCCCCCGCACACAAUGGCAGGCGCUAUUACCUGUCGCGUGCAUCCAAUUUUUUGGUGUUCAACGAAGUAGACACUGUUUGUGCGCUCUAUGGCGGUUAUCUUGCGGAGGUGGACGACAACGCCGAGUUUCAAUUCAUCAAAUCAUUUCUAGCGGCUUACCCUCAAUAUACCGGUGUGCUGUGCAGCGGCACAGACGAGGUAACUGAAAGUCAUUGGGUAAACGUCAGAAGCAAGACCCAGGUCAACUACAUUAGAUGGGGUCCACACGAUCCGAAUGGUGGGAGAAAGGAAAAUUGUCUUUUCUUUUGGCAAAAAGGGGGUUGGUACAUGGCUGAUUGGAUUUGCCCUCGCGGAAAAGUUGGUCAUGAUAUUGGCUAUCUCUGUGAAAUUCCGGAAUAAAUAAAUGAUUCAAUAGAACUUGAUUUUUUUUUUUUUAAUUUGAUUAAAAAAAAUAAAUAUUUCUUUGUGUCUAGCGUUAGCGAAAUUUUGUUUAAGGCACCCAUAAAACAAUUUUUUUUUUUUUUUUUAUAUUUGUUCCGUAGUAAUAUUCAAGAUAGUAUUUGUAAAAAUUUUUUUUUUUUUAAUUUGAUUAAAAAAAAUAAAUAUUUCUUUGUGUCUAGCGUUAGCGAAAUUUUGUUUAAGGCACCCAUAAAACAAUUUUUUUUUUUUUUUUUAUAUCUGAUCCGUAGUAAUAUUCAAGAUAGUAUUUGUAAAAAUGUAAAUAAAAAUAUAGUUAAAUCGAUACGCUCCACAGAUAGUACUAAUCGAUACGCCCCACAGAGAGUACUCUGUACUUUAAAUAUAUUUGGGAUAUACACCGUAGGACAAUAUCACAAUAAUCGAUAAAUAUUAAGAUCACUCACAAAUUGGUUGUUUUAUUUUACUUUGUCAUAUUUCAGCUUUUAUAUGUGCUCUAAACUUUGUGUAAAGUAAACUAUAUGUGCUCCAAACCAGCGUUUCCCAAACUUUUAGGUUUCACGGACCGGUGGACAAGUUUCGAAACUGCACCAGGGACCGGUGCCAGAUUUAUUAAUUACAUUUUCUUUCUAUUUAAACAUCACUAUUCAUGCUCUCUGGACCGGUAACAUAGGGCUUGCGGACCGGUGUCGGUUUGACGGACCACCGUUUGGGGAACGCUGCUCUAAACCAUAUGUGCUCUGAACUAUAUGUGCUCUGAACUAUAUGUGAACUAAACUUUAUGUGAACUAAAAUAUAUGUGAACUAAACUAUAUGUGCUCUGAAAUACAUGUGCUCUGAACUAUAUAUUAUGCUCUAAACCUGCAUUUUUGAAAGUCAUUGUCUCAAGUUGCGUGUCUCGAAUAGGCGGGCACUUAGACUGCUGAAGGAGAAAAAGUUAAAUACGGUUAACAAUACAGCGCACUGAAAAAUGUUGAUGUAAGUUUAUAACUGAAACUUUCUUAAAUUACACUCAGUCCAGCUAAUAUUUUGUGCUUCGUAUGUCUCCUCUGUUAUUGAUGUUUCAUUUUUCUUUGUAUUAGCAUUUCCACUUUCAAAUUAAGGCACAUAUGUGCAUAAAAUAUUUACCCCGCUGAAAGAGCAGCAUUCUAAAUGCUCGCUUCGCCUGCACAUCUAAUGCAUGAGCCACAAAUUAUAUUUAUCUAAUUCGAAAGAAAAAAUAGUCACGUGUUCGA